UUUUCAAGAAAUUAAUUUAUUCCAUUCACAUUCUUGAAAUGUGUGAGCACUGUGCAGCCACAAUAAUAAUCAAUUCCUUGUCUGUCUGUACCCCACUGCUUUUCUUUAUUCUCUCUUUUGCUUUUCAAGAAGUCUCCAGCAGAAUCCAAAGCAUCGAAACAGGAACCUCCAUUAAAAAAUUCCCAUUCCCUGCUCAAACAAAAAAGUUUCAGUUCCUGUUGGAACAGAGGAUUGGAAGUCGGAACAGAGCACAGGAAAAUGGAAGCAGAGACGAAGCUUCGAAAUUCCCUAAUCUUAACCUGUUUGCUGAGCCUGGCAUUGCUGCCUGCGGUUUGUAGCGGCGGGAUUGAGGGGAGGAUAAAGACGAUGGUGAUUCUGGUUAUGGAGAAUCGAUCCUUCGACCACAUGUUAGGCUGGAUGAAGCGAAAAAACCCCCAAAUCGAUGGAGUUACAGGAAAGGAAUGGAACGCCUUGUCGACCACAGACUCGAAUUCAGAUCGAAUCUUCUUCAGCGACGAUGCAGAGUAUGUGGAUCCCAAUCCAGGCCACUCUUUCGAAGCAAUUGCAGAGCAAGUUUUUGGCUCAGACACCAAUUUCAGUCGCCCCACCAUGACCGGAUUUGCACAGCAAGCCGGCAAAAUCGACAGCAAUAUGUCGGAACUGGUAAUGAAAGGGUUUAGGCCCGAUGUCGUCCCUGUUUACUCUGCCCUGACCGAUGAAUUCGCCAUUUUCGACCGCUGGUUUUCUUCUCUGCCCGGCCCUACUCAACCCAAUAGGCUUUUCGUCUACUCUGCCACAUCUCAGGGAGCAACUCUUCAUGUUCCCAAGCAAUUGGCCAAGGGUUAUCCUCAGAAAACCAUUUUCCAGUCGAUUCAUGAGUCUGGACUUUCUUUCGGUAUUUAUUACCAUUCUAUUCCCACUACUCUGUUUUACAGAGAGCUCAGGAAGCUCAAGUAUGUGUCGAAAUUUCACAGCUUUCAGAAGAAGUUCCAGCGCCAUGCUGCUGGCGGGAGUUUGCCCAAUUUGGUGGUUAUUGAGCCCCGGUACUUCGAUCUGAAGGAUUCCCCUGCAAAUGAUGAUCACCCAUCUCACGAUGUGAGCAAUGGGCAGAGGCUUGUAAAGGAAGUGUAUGAGGCUUUGAGAUCUAGUCCGCAGUGGAAUGAGACCUUGCUGGUCAUUACUUAUGAUGAGCAUGGCGGAUUUUAUGAUCAUGUGCCCACUCCUGUUAAGGAUGUUCCUACUCCUGACGGAAUCGUUGGCCCGCCCCCUUAUUUUUUCAGAUUUGAUCGACUGGGUGUCCGAGUUCCCACCAUUAUGGUCUCUCCCUGGAUCGACAAACGCACAGUGGUGCAUCGUCCUACUGGGCCAUUUCCCAGCUCUGAGUACGAGCAUUCUUCCAUUCCAGCAACCAUCAAGAAGGUUUUCAAUCUCUCAUCCAAUUUCCUGACUUACAGAGAUGCAUGGGCUGGGACUUUUGAAGGCGUUGUGAGCCAGAGAAGCACUCCGCGAACUGAUUGUAUAGAGACUUUGCCAGACAUAAGUAAGAUGAUGAAGAAUGGGGAGGUUGAUGAAGAAGCAGAGUUGAGUGAAUUUCAAAGAGAGGUUGUUCAAUUGGCUGCGGUUUUGAGUGGGGAUAGUGCUCUCAAGAGUUAUCCAGAGGAAAUAGGCAAUAAGAUGAAUGUGAAAGAAGCACACUAUUAUACAGAGAAUGCAAUGUCACGUUUUGCAGAAGCAAGUAGAGAGGCCCUUGCGCUUGGAGCUUCUGACUCUAUAAUUGUGGAGAUGAGGUCUUCCCUCACCACUAGGAUCCAUAAAAAUAUUAACAACAAUCUGUGAGAAGUCCAUCACCUCUUACAUUGUUAUAAGUUUUUCAUCAUUUUUUCAUUUCUCCUAUUAGCAAAUUUGUCUAGUGGUGGAAAUUGGAUUGUAGAUCUUACCUUAUUUUUACUAUAGUAGAAUGUUGAGGUUUUGUAAAUAUGUGUGCUUGGUCACUUGUCCCUUGUUGAAGUAUUGUGGAGACUAGAGUGGAUUGCUCACAUGCUCUCCUACACUUUAGGUGUAACAUUAAUUAAAAGUAAUAGUGGUGUACUUGUUAGAGUAAUAUAUAUUUGAUAAUAUUGUAAAAUA